AUGUAUAAAGCCAUUACAUUCCUGAUAUUAAUGGUCGCGUCUUCAGCCCAGAGCCAGCCAUUUGAGUGCCCAAACUUUCAAAUCCAUCUCCUGAUUCCUCAUGAAACAGACUGCUCCAGGUUCUACCAAUGUGAUCAUGGACGAAAGGUCCUACAGAGUUGCGCGGCAGGCACACUGUUUGAUUCUGUUUCAAGGAGAUGUACCUGGCCUUGGGCAGCCAGGUGUCACAUAGCAAGCCCUCCAUCAACAACAACAACCACAACAACGCAAGCACCGUUUCUCCCCAACGGUUGCCCGUCAGAUUUCAAUGUCCAUCUCUUGCUCCCGCACGGGACAGACUGCAGCAAGUACUACCAGUGCAGUAAUGGGGAAAAAAUAGCACGGAGUUGCGGGCCGGGGAUGUUGUUUGACAAUAAUUUAGGGCGCUGCAAUUUGGAACAAUAUGCGGAAUGUGCAGACGGCGCAACAACAUCAACAGCUGCUCCAACAACGACAACAGCAUCUCCAACAACUCCCGUACAGCAGUUUCUACCUAACGGUUGUCCAGCAGACCAUAAUAUACAUCUGCUGUUACCUCAUGAGUACGAUUGUGCUAAAUAUUACUCAUGCAGUAAUGGGCAAAAAACAGAAAUGUCAUGUGCUCCUGGAACACUUUUUGAUUUCGAACGUCAGAUUUGCAAUUUUCCUAUAUUUGUCACGUGUCACACAACUCAAACUCCAUCAACAUCAACACCUGGAACUGAUUUUCUUCCCAACGGCUGCCCAGCUAAUGUACAUAUACACUAUCUGUUACCCCAUGAUUCCGACUGUGCCAAGUUUUAUCAAUGCGAUCACGGACAGAAAGUAGAAAGGAGUUGUGCAGCUGGGACCUGGUUUGAUUACAAUUUGCAGGUUUGCAACCACAUUCAUUUAGUAAACUGCGUACUGGGCUCAUCAUCAACAACAUCAACAGUGUCCACAAUACCUCCAGGAACAGUUACUACAACUACGAAGGCACCGUCAACAACAACAGAAACGUCGACAACAACACCUGGAACUGACUUUCUUCCCAACGGCUGCCCAGCUAAUGUACAUAUACACUAUCUGUUACCCCAUGAUUCCGACUGUGCCAAGUUUUAUCAAUGCGAUCACGGACAGAAAGUGGAAAGAAGUUGUGCAGCUGGGACCUGGUUUGAUUACAAUUUGCAGGUCUGCAACCACAUCCAUUUGGUUAACUGUAUAUUGGGCUCCUCAACAACAUCUACUACAAACGCAACAACGACCACCGCUGAAAGUCCAUCACCAGCAACAGAAAUUACAGAGAGCACUACAAAAGUACAGCUCCCAACAACAGAAACUACGGUGACCUCGACAGAAGCCCCGUCACCAACAACGGAAAGUAUCGUGACCUCUACAGAACCUCCGUCACCAACCACAGAAACCACGGUGACCUCUACAAAAGCUCCGUCACCAACAACAGAAACUACGGUGACUCCUACGAAAGCUCCGUCACCAACAACUGAAUCUGCUCCUCGUGAAUGUCCAACUAAUAUACAUCAUUUGCUUCCUCAUGAGUCCGAUUGUGCCAAGUUCUACCAAUGCGUUCAUGGAAGGAUGGUAGAAAGAAGUUGUGCUCCCGGGACCUGGUUUGACUAUCAGUUGCAGGUCUGCAACCACAUCCAUUUGGUUAACUGUGAAUUGGGCUCCUCAACAACAUCUACUACAAACGCAACAACGACAACCGCUGAAAGUCCAUCACCAACAACAGAAACUACGGUGACUUCGACAGAACCUCCGACACCAACCACAGAAAGUACAGUUACCUCCACGGACGCUCCGCCAACAACAACAGAAAGUACUACAACCUCUACAAAAGCUCCAUCACCAACAACCGAAAGUACCGUGACCACUACAGAGCCUCCGUCACCAACCACAGAAACCACGGUGACCUCUACAGAAGCUCCGAUACCAACCACAGAAAGUACAACUACCUCCACAGACGCUCCGCCAACAACAACAGAAAGUACUACAACAUCUACAAAAGCUCCAUCACCAACAACCGAAAGUACCGUGACCACUACAGAACCUCCGUUACCAACCACAGAAACCACGGUGACCUCUACAGAAGCUCCGAUACCAACCACAGAAAGUACAGUUACCUCCACAGAUGCUUCACCAACAACAACAGAAAGUAUUACGACCUCGACAACAGCACAGUCACCAACAACAGAAACUACAGUGACUUCUACGCAAGCUCCGUCACCAACAACUGAAUCUGCUCCUCGUGAAUGUCCAACUAAUAUACAUCAUUUGCUUCCUCAUGAGUCCGAUUGUGCCAAGUUCUACCAAUGCGUUCAUGGAAGGAUGGUAGAAAGAAGUUGUGCUCCCGGGACCUGGUUUGACUAUCAGUUGCAGAUUUGCAACCACCCCUAUUUGGUCAACUGCACUCCAAUGAUCAGGGAGUGUACUGCAGGUACUGAAUUUAAUCCCGAAACACAGUCCUGUGUGCCCAUCGCCGAAGGAGGUGUUCCCAUGCUAAGGGAAUGUACUGCGGGCACUGAAUUUAAUAACGCAACUCAGUCCUGUGUGGACAUCUCUGAAGGAGGAUGUACACUCCAACUCACUACAAUAGCUACGGAUGCUACUACUAUACAAGAAUCCUUAAAAAUAACUACAGAUGUGCCUAACAAUAUCAAUGACGAUAACGCUUCAAUCACUGAAAACGCUACAAGAGAAAACGACAUUACUGCAUCUGAAGUGAGCACAGAUACUGGAACUACGACUUCAACAGAAGGUUCCAAAGCCUCUCAACCAAUCUGUCCUCCAGGAUUCUGGGGCAAUGUGCCAAAUCCUGAGAGAUGCAACGCAUUUUACAUGUGCGUCGCAGGCACUCCCAUGCCGAGGGAAUGUACGGCAGGAACUGAAUUUAAUCCCGAAACAGAGAACUGUGAGACAAUCGCAGAAGGAGGAUGUACACUCGGAUCCGCUACGGUAGCUACUGAUACCACUACUGAACAGGAAUCUUCUGAAAGGGAUAUUGUCAAUGACGAUGAAAAUUUAAGUGUUCCGAUGUUGAGAGAGUGUACUACAGGAACCGAAUUUAGUAACGUAACACUGACUUGUAUUCCUGCAUCUGAAGGCGGAUGUGUCCGACACAUAAGCAAUAUGGACAUUCACGAAGAAUUGCCGUCAUGCGAACCUGGUCAGAUUGCUUCCGAUCCUGAGAAUUGUGACCAAUUCUAUAUGUGUGCUGCUGGAGGAUAUCUGAUGAUGCAUUGUAAUAAGGGAGAAGAAUUUGAUCCUGCGAUAAAGAAAUGUGCACCGAUAUCAGAAAAUGGAUGUUUCCACUCUAAGAAUAACGAUAUUAACGACACAGACACACGUGAAAGAACCGUGGAAGUAACAUAUCUUGUCAAAAACCCCAAAGACAGAGCGAGAGCAAUAAAUGAAAUGAACAAAUAA